AACGAGGUCAUCCACGAUGCCAGGCUUCGACUUCUCCAACUACAACCGCAAUGCGGCCCUCCACGCCCGAGGAGUACCGCUCCCCAAGGCGACCAGCACUGGUACGACCAUCGUGGGAUGCAUUUUUGACGGCGGUGUCGUGAUUGCAGCCGAUACCCGAGCCACCUCUGGCCCCAUCGUCGCCGACAAGAACUGCGAGAAGCUCCACUACAUCUCCCCCCAGAUCUGGUGUGCCGGUGCCGGUACCGCCGCCGAUACUGAGUUCACCACCGCCCUCAUCUCCUCCCAGCUCGAGCUGCACUCGCUCUCCACCGGCCGCAAACCCCGCGUCGUCACCUGCAUGACCCUCCUCAAGCAGCACCUCUUCCGGUACCAGGGCCAUAUCGGCGCCUACCUGGUCGUCGCUGGCUGCGACCCCACCGGCACCCACCUCUUCACCGUCCACGCACACGGCAGCACCGACAAGCUGCCCUACGUCACCAUGGGCAGUGGUAGCUUGGCGGCCAUGAGUGUGUUCGAGACCCAGUGGAAGCCCAAGAUGACCGAGGCGGAUGCCAUCAAGCUGACCAGUGACGCCAUCAUGGCUGGUAUCUUCAACGAUUUGGGUUCCGGAUCCAACGUGGAUGUCGCCAUCAUCACCAAGGACAAGACGACGCUGAAGCGGAACUACAUCAAGCCCAACGAGAAGAGUGCUAAGCUGCAAAGUUAUGCCUUCCCCAAGGGCACGACAGCGGUGCUGAACGAGAAGGUUAUCAAGAAGAACGAUAUCGGCCGGUACGUCACCGUGGAGGAAGUGCCUCUUGACGACGAGAAGAUGGAUGUCGACACCUAAAUGGGCUGGAUCCGCUUGGGCUACUAGAUGGGGAGCGCAUGGCUUUGUAAUAACAAUAACGCAUUCAGGCAAGCUAGAAACUGGAGCACUGAAUUGGUCCUCAUUUGAUCCGGGAUUGUGAUACGGCAACUGCACUUUUGCAAUAGUCUCCAUGAUCGCACCUAUGAAACCCCUUCCAAAAACGAUGAGUCUCGUGCUUUCCUGUACACGGCCUUUAUUCCCUCCAAAAUGCCUCUAUGUGCAAAAGAAACGGUACAAAAGAUGAACAAGAAAAACCUGGAUGGUGCGUGACCGCGCACCAGGUUGUUUUGCAACCUAAAAAGCCAUCCCGUACGACCGUACGGGGAUAAAUCAGCGCUAUGUCCCCUUGCAAUAAGCACCCACAAACGCAGAAGCGAUUAGUCCCA